AUGCGGAUGAAAGAAAAUUUCCUGCACUAUAACGAGGAGCGAAACUCAUUAAGAAGAGAACUCAUAGUAAAAAGAGAUGAGCUAGAUCGAGUGCAACAAAACACCUUGAAACUAGAAAAAGAAGUAGGCGCUGUUACUUCUCAACGAGAUUACGAGCAGAUAGACAGAGCUAUUAGAGAAAGCCAUGAACAAAAUAACUUAGAAGAGCUUCAGCAUGAUCUUAGCGAUUCCGAGGACUUGUUACAGGCGCAAGAAAAAGAUCUUGAGAAGAUAAAAGAUGACGUUCAGAAAGAGAUGAUAAAGCACGACGUACAGCUGAAAGAACUGCAAUCAAAAGAGACAGAAAUAACAGUGUCUAUGGAUAGAGAUCUUGUCUUCAAGUUCGAGAGAAUACUAAAAUCACGGUCAGGGGAUGGAAUAGUCCCUAUUAGAAAAAAUGUCUGCUAUGGAUGUCAUAUGCUACUUCCGUUAAAGAUUGUAAACGAGGUCUGCGAGGAACGUAAGGUUAUUACCUGCCCCUACUGUUCAAAAAUACUUUUUUACGAUGGCGAUAGUGAUGACGAGGAAGUAGAUAACAUUGAGAUAGCAGGUCUAAGAGACAUCAUAGAUGCCGAAGAUAUCAUCCUGGAUGACUUUGAUGAGGAAGAUUACCAUGCGUUUAUUCAGAAAGACGAUCUUGGAUCAGAUGAAUAUGUUCAGGCAAAGCAAAUUGAAGAGUUGCAUGAUGAAGACGAUGAUGACGAUGAUGGAGAUGAUAUUGAAGAUAAGCUUGCAGACCUGGAAGACUCCGAAGAUCUUGAUGAAGACGAUAAUAAGAUCUUUGAUAAUGAAUAA